AUGACCGCCUGUGCCCGCGGUAGGCUUCGGGACCCCAGGCUCUGCGACCCCGAGCGGUGGGCUCGGUCCCUGCCCGGCCUCCGAUGGGCCCUGCCGGGGCCGUGGCGUCGGCUCGGGCUGCUGUUCCUGCUGCUCCUCCUGCCGCCCUCCGCCCUCUCCUCAAUGUUCACCGUGGGGGUGCUGGGCCCCUGGGCUUGCGAUCCUAUCUUCGCCCGGGCCCGCCCUGACCUGGCCGCCCGCCUGGCCACCGCCCGCCUGAACUCCGCCCUGGCAGGCGGGCCCCGCUUCGAGGUCGCGCUGCUGCACGAGCCGUGCCGGACGCCCGGCUCGCUGGGGGCUGUGUCCUCCGCGCUGGCCCACGUCUCGGGCCUUGUGGGUCCAGUAAACCCUGCAGCCUGCCGGCCAGCCGAGCUACUGGCCCAAGAGGCCGGUGUCGCGCUGGUGCCUUGGGGUUGCCCCGGAACUAAGGCGGCGGGCACCACAGCCCCGGCCAUGACCCCGGCGGCAGAUGCCCUCUAUGCCCUCCUUCGAGCAUUCCGCUGGGCGCGCUUGGCUCUGGUCACCGCCCCCCAGGACCUGUGGGUGGAGGCGGGACGCGCAUUGUCCUCGGCACUCAGGGCUCGGGGCCUGCCCGUCGCCGUGGUAACUUCCAUGGAGCCCUCGGACCUGUCUGGGGCCCGCGAGGCCCUGAAGAGGAUCAAGGACGGGCCCACGGUCAGAGUGGUGAUCAUGGUGAUGCACUCGGUGCUGCUGGGCGGUGAGGAACAGCGUUGCCUCCUGGAGGCCGCAGAGGAGUUGGGCAUGGCCGAUGGCUCUCUGGUCUUCCUGCCAUUCGACACUCUCCACUACGCCUUGUCCCCAGGCCCAGAGGCCUUGGUAGCGCUCUCCAACAGCUCCCAGCUUCGCAAGGCCCAUGAUGCUGUGCUCACCCUCACCCGCCACUGUCCCUCAGAGGGCAGCGUGCUGGACAGCUUGCGCAGGGCCCAAGAGCAUCGGGAGCUGUCCCCUGACCUCAAUCUGCAACAGGUCUCCCCGCUUUUUGGCACCAUCUAUGAUGCAGUCUUCUUGUUGGCAAGGGGCGUGGUGGGAGCACAGGCAGCUGUAGGUGGCAGCUGGGUGUCUGGAGCGGCCGUGGCCCAACAAGUCCGGGAUACCCAGGUCCCUGGCUUCUGUGGGGCUCUAGGUGGAGCUGAGGAGCCCUCGUUUGUGCUGCUGGACACAGAUGCAGUGGGAGACCAGCUGUUUGUCACGUACAUGUUGGACCUCAGCCAGGGCUCUUUCCGCUCUACUGGGACCCCAGUGCACUUCCCUCAUGGUGGACCAGCUCCCGGACCCGACCCCUCAUGCUGGUUCGAUCCAGAUGUCAUCUGCAAUGGAGGAGUGGAGCCGGGCCUCGUCUUUCUUGGCUUCCUCCUUGUGGUUGGGAUGGGGCUGACUGGGGCCUUCUUGGCCCAUUAUGUGAGGCACCAGCUACUUCACAUUCAAAUGGUCUCAGGCCCCAACAAGAUCAUCCUGACGGCAGAUGACAUCACCUUCCUCCACCCACAGGGAGGCAGCUCUCGAAAGGUGGUGCAAGGGAGCCGAUCGAGUCUGGCUGCCCGCAGUGUGUCAGACAUUCGCAGUGUCCCCAGCCAGCCCUCAGACAGCUCCAACAUUGGCCUCUAUGAGGGGGACAAGGUUUGGCUGAAGAAAUUUCCAGGGGAUCAGCACAUAGCUAUCCGCGCGGCAACCAAGAUGGCCUUCUCCAAGCUCCGGGAGCUGCGGCAUGAGAAUGUGGCCCUCUACGUGGGGCUCUUCCUGGCUGGGGGAGCAGAUGGUCCUGCAGCCCCUGGGGAGAACAUCCUGGCUGUGGUCUCUGAGCACUGUGCACGGGGCUCCCUCCAUGACCUCCUUGCCCAAAGAGACAUAAAAUUGGAUUGGAUGUUCAAGUCCUCCCUCCUGCUGGACCUCAUCAAGGGAAUGAGGUAUCUGCACCAUCGAGGGGUACCUCAUGGGAGGCUUAAGUCACGGAACUGCGUAGUGGACGGGAGGUUCGUGCUCAAGGUCACCGAUCACGGCCAUGGGCAACUGCUGGAAGCACAGAGGGUGCUACCGGAGCCUCCCAGCGCUGAGGACCAGCUGUGGACAGCCCCGGAGCUGCUUAGGGACCCUGCCCUGGAGCGCCGGGGAACUCUGGCCGGCGACGUCUUCAGUUUGGGCAUCAUUAUGCAGGAGGUCGUGUGCCGCAGCCCCCCCUACGCCAUGCUGGAACUGACUCCCGAGGAAGUGGUGCAGAGGUUGCAGAGCCCUCCUCCGCUGUGUCGGCCCUUGGUGUCCAUGGAUCAGGCACCCAUGGAGUGUAUUCAGCUGAUGAAACAGUGCUGGGCAGAGCAGCCAGACCUUCGGCCCUCCAUGGACCGCACCUUUUACCUGUUCAAGAGCAUCAACAAGGGCCGUAAGACCAACAUCAUCGACUCAAUGCUGCGGAUGCUGGAACAAUACUCUAGUAACCUGGAGGACCUGAUCCGGGAGCGCACAGAAGAGCUGGAGCAGGAAAAGCAGAAAACAGACCGGUUGCUCACACAGAUGCUGCCUCCAACUGUAGCAGAGGCCCUCAAGAUGGGCACACCUGUAGAGCCUGAAUACUUUGAAGAGGUGACACUGUACUUCAGUGACAUCGUGGGCUUUACCACCAUCUCAGCCAUGAGCGAACCCAUCGAAGUGGUGGAUCUGCUCAAUGACCUCUACACCCUCUUUGAUGCCAUCAUUGGUUCCCACGACGUCUACAAGGUAGAGACAAUUGGGGACGCCUAUAUGGUGGCCUCGGGACUGCCUCAGCGGAAUGGGCAGCGGCACGCGGCAGAGAUCGCCAACAUGUCGCUGGACAUCCUCAGUGCUGUGGGCUCUUUUCGUAUGCGCCAUAUGCCUGAGGUGCCAGUGCGCAUACGCAUCGGCCUACACUCGGGCCCCUGCGUGGCGGGCGUGGUGGGCCUCACCAUGCCGCGGUACUGCCUGUUUGGAGACACGGUCAAUACCGCCUCGCGCAUGGAGUCCACCGGGCUGCCUUACCGCAUCCACGUGAACUUGAGCACCGUACGGAUUCUCAACGCUCUGGCCGAGGGUUACCAGAUGGAGCUUCGAGGCCGCACGGAACUAAAGGGCAAGGGCGCCGAGGACACGUACUGGCUAGUGGGCAAACGCGGCUUCAACAAACCCAUCCCGAAACCGCCUGACCUGCAACAAGGGGCCAGCAACCAUGGCAUCAGCUUGCAGGAGAUCCCACCGGAUCGGCGCCAGAAGCUAGAGAAGGCGAGACCGGGCCAGUUCUUGGGGAAGUGA